AAAGCCACGGCCAUGGCGGUGAUGUCAAAGCAAGAUCCAUCACCUUCUUUUCUUCAGACAGUACAAGAAAUCAUGAGACUUUACAGAUCACUCCCACCAAGGCCUUCAAUUGGUGAGGUUGAAGCAGCUAAAUCCGUUCUCAAAACCGUCGAAAACGAAGAAAAAGUCAAGCUUGAAGAGAUCUCAAAAGAAAAACCAUCCCAAUAUGUCCCUGCUGAGCUCUUCUCCAUCCUGCAACAGGUGGGGAAAACCAUGGUGUUGUUUCAAAUCCAUCAGGAAAAGAAAGAUGCCCUUCAUUUGGUUGAAGCUGACAAGAUGUUUGAGACCUUUGAUGGGUUGAUUCAAAGGGCUUCGUCCCUGGUUUCUGGGGAUGCCCUUGAUGAAAAGGUCACUACUUUUGGAGAACGUGUGAGCAAAUUCGAUGGAGAAACUCUUAUUACUGAUGAUAGUUUGGUGAAGCGAGAGGAAGAUAGUGAAUUGGAUAAAGAUGAUGCUAAAGGUUUGGUUAGAACUUCUUCUGCAAACGCCUCUUUCUUCUCAGGUGAAAAUAGCAAGGAAAAACUGAACCUAAUGAAGACAGCAGCGCUUAUUGAUAAUACUACUAGAACAGGAGGGGUAGUUCUUGAUCUUAGGGGCAAGUUGAUGGACCAGAUUGAGUGGCUUCCUGUAUCAAUCGGGAAACUGAAGGAUGUAACUGAAUUGGACAUAUCCGAGAAUCGUAUCAUGGCACUCCCG